CGAAAAUAGACGAGGUUAGAAAAACAUAUGAUGCUGAAAUAAAGGAAAUUCAGAAGCAUCAUAAGAAGGAAAUUGAUUCGCAAAGAUUUUCAGGAAAUAGUGAAGCUAAAGAACUCUCUGAAAGAGGAAAAUGUUUGGUUUAAAAGCGAAAAAGAAGAGAUGGAUGGUAGGAUUAAGAAAUUACGAGAAAAAUUAAAACAAACAAAACAUCAACUGGAUGAUUGUGUCAAACGAGUAAAUGAUAAAGAAGUAGAGUUGGAAGUUGCCCAUAAUAAGAUUGAAUCAAUGAAUCGUGAACUUACAACAUUGGAAAACUUGAAAAUUGAAUACAAUCAGAAUAAUAUUGAACAGGCCCGUUCAUUACAGGAUUUCAUUUCACAAUUAACAGAACUUCAGGAGGAAUUUCAAACAUUAGCACAAGCUCAACAUGAGACAAAAUUACUUUGCAAGCAAAAAGAUGAGAGGAUCAAAAAAGAAAAACAGCGUCGAAGAGAAACUGAACUGAUUUGUGAAAAAUUGAAAUCUCGUGAAAAACAUCUUAAAGUGAAACACGAUGUGACAGAACGACAAUUAAAUGAAGCUAAUUUUGAGUCACAUCAGGUCGCUGUUAAUUUAAAAGAAGCUCACGACUGGUUUAAAAAUAAAUUCACCAAUCUUCAGUCGGAAUUGAAGAAGUCAAGAAGAAUUCAGAAUGUUUUACAAAAGGAUAACAUUGAUCAUUAUAAAGCUUUACAUGAAGAACGGAGGCGAGCUGAUGAGGCAACUGAACGAGCCAAAGAUAUAAUAAAGUCGAGCCGGGAAAUGAUUUCAAAACUCGUGGGUCAAGUGACGUCAACGACAACGAUAAAUCACGAAACGAAUGAGAUUUCUCACUCUUAAAUUAUAGCAGUCAUGAAAUAUUGCAGUCUUGUGAUACCCUUUCAAAUUUUUGAUGAUAAAGAUUUUGCUUUUUUUAUUUUUUUUUAUUUAUUUAUUUGUUAAUAAUGAUGUUAAACAUGUAGAUAAAAUAGUGGACGUUUGUUGAUCAGACAUCAGAUGAUAUUUCUACUAGUGUGGAGAAACGGAAAAUGAAAAUGUUUUCAAUCAAUUCAUACCAUUUUUUGGACGACAAAGGUGUAAAAGGAAAUCGAAAAUAAUGGUGCAAAUAGUCUUUGUAUAAACCUAAACAGACUGCCUGAAAUAAUAGUGAAAUUUCUUACAAUAUUUUUAGUCUUUGAGCAAAAGCUCUCUUUUGAGUUAGAACUUUAUUGAACUCUCUCGAAAAAAAGUGUUCCUUAAAAACAUCUCAUUCAUCUUUCAUGUGAUUACAAAUCAUUAGUUAAGAGGAAACAUCUGUAUUGUAUGACUUCAUAUUAAAUAUCAUAUUUCCUCAAUUUCCAAUGAUGUAAACGGAAAGAGUAAAGAUAUAAGCAUUUUGGCUAUACCAA